CUCUCCGGAGGGGUACGUGUUCACAUGGUUUCUCACGGAGGCUCGUCACGGAAGCCCUUCAGAACUCGCCUGAACUAGAUGACACUCGAUACUUCGUUAACUGCCGUGUUUCCAACAGACUACCAACAUGGACUGCUCUCUAAACAUCCCAAAGUUCACUGUCAAUCCGGGUCCCACCUGCUUCCCGACGCUUCGUGUAGCAAGGCUCAACCCCUUUACGCUGCUACAUCACUUCCGCCAUCGACUCAAGAUGUCGGAAGACUCAGAGGCAGUGCUGCAGCUCCCCGCGGCUCCGGCCGCGGCCGGCGGCGAGAGCGUUUCGGAGCUCUCCCCGGAAACAGCCACCCCAGAGCCCCCGUCUUCGACUGCCGUUUCGCCCGGUACCGAGGAACCUCCCGGAGACACCAAGAAAAAAAUUGACAUCCUGCUGAAGGCGGUAGGAGACACGCCUAUAAUGAAAACAAAGAAAUGGGCUGUGGAGCGAACUCGGACCAUCCAAGGACUCAUUGACUUCAUCAAAAAGUUCCUUAAACUGGUGGCCACAGAACAGUUGUUUAUUUAUGUGAAUCAGUCCUUUGCCCCUUCCCCAGACCAAGAAGUUGGAACUCUAUAUGAGUGUUUUGGCAGUGAUGGUAAACUGGUCCUACAUUACUGCAAAUCACAGGCGUGGGGAUGAGCCACAAAUGAACAACUUAAUAUUUUCACAGAAGAAAAAAAAUCAGAGAAGUUUCGAUGCUGUGGGAAGAGACUUAAUGACUAUCAAAUAUUCAGCAUGAAUCUGUGAUGACUUGUGUUUAUGUGUAGAAAACAUCAUAGAGUGAAUAGACUAACGAAUGAGAUUUGUGUCACCAUAAAAUCAUCCUGAGAGAUUGCCGUUAGGGUGUGCCCAUUACUCCCACACACUCCUGUUCCAAGAUUAGAAAGGAGGCUGGAAUUCCGUAUGUACUACGGGGUCUCAGGAUGACUGAAGUUAUUUACUUGUGGGAUUGGCACUGUGUUUAUUCCAUGAUAAAAACUAAUGUACUGAAGGGUUUGUGUUUUGAGAUAAUUUAGUUUUUUAACUUAUUCAGGGGACCUCUGUUUGGGAUGUAGAAUAUUAACAUUUAUGUGUUGCUUUGUAAAACAAAGUGCAAUGAUCUUAAGUGUCCAGUAGAGGGCAGCCAGUUGGCAAAAAGGCUUGACAAUUUUCAAGUCUUUGCCAUGUGAUUGGAGGAAAGACUGUUGAACCUAAUUUCUAGUUAAUGUGUAAUCUAGAAAGCAGCUGUGUUGACAGACCGGAGGACUUAGGGGAUAUGCAUAGUUUAAAAUUAAUCAUGCAGGGACUCAGUUUUACAAAUUGUGAGCAGAUUAGUCUCAACUCUUUUCAGUCAUCUCAUUUAUGACUCCUCAGCCUCAUCCUAGGGCAUUGUGUUGCACACCUGUGAUCUCAGCACUCAGGAAGCAUGAGCAGGAGGAUUGGCCUGGGAGUCCACAGCUAGACUGGACUGCAAAAGAACUUAUCCUAAAAAGAUUCUAGAGCCCUACUCAGUGUGUUCCCACUGUCGCUUCUGUAUCAGAGGCGCUGACUUGGGAAACCAAGCAGCACCAAGUUUCCCAUUUCAUCCCAAUCCUCAUUUCUUUUCUCUGUGUAAUUUUAGUUUGUAUUUUUGCAAGCCUGGGGAUCCUUCUCUGUGCCUUGUGCAUUCAAGGCACAGGCUCUGCUGGGUUGCAUCUCCAGCAUUCAUUGAGUGUUCCUCAUGUGUUUUCCAAAUUGAAAGCAUUCCAAGCUAAUGGUUGAAAAAUAGUGUCCAAUUUUAUGUGUAUUUCAUGCUAUCACAGGAAAAGUGUGGAACAGUCACUGGUGGUGUUGUUAGUCUAGCCAUUACUUGAGCCAACAUUUAACCUUUUCCUUACACAUUUUAUGUCAAACUUUUUUUUGAGACUGAGUCUCACUAUGUGGAUCUGCCUAGCCUGGAACUCACAGAGAUCGAUGUGCCUGUCUGUGCCUCCUAUGUACUGAGACUGAAAGGAUAGACCACCUCACCCAGCUCCAUGGGAGUCAUGAAGAUUUCCAUCCAGAAGCACACAUGGCACACAAUGCUAGUUGCACUCUUACCUAGGAUUGAGGAAGUGGAGGCAAGAAGAUUGAAGGUUUAAGACUGGGCUACAGAAUAAGAUUGUCUCAAAAAAAAACAAAAAACAAAAAUACAAAACAAAAAAAAACAUGAAAUUAAUGCCUCUGAAAAAAAAUAUUCUAAUAAAUGACAUGUCUAAGAGGAUUACAAGGUUUGAAGUAUAUAAAGAUUCCAAGUGUUCACUUUCAAAGGUGAGGAUAGCAAAGUAUCUUUUUAUCAAAAGAAAAACCUUGAAAACCUGAAGUGCUACCCUUUUUUUGUUGUUCUGCUUUUGAAGUUGGCUGUGUCACUCACGCUGACCUACCUCAGGCUCCUGGGCAGCAGGCUUACAGUUGUGCACCAUUGUACCUGGCUCAAUUUUAACUCUUAAGCCCUAGAGUGCUUCAGAGUAGAUGCUGUGGAACAACACGGUACAGUGCUGGUCACAUCUUGUCUUCUGCCCAAGAAUGUGAAUUCUGGACAUCCCAUUUCCCAGCACCCUUACAGUGAGUUAAUGCAGAUAAUAGUUCACAGGGUGCUAUGACAGUGAGUUAUGCACAGUACAGGCUUAGGAAAGCACCUUACCUUGAAAGCUGGGACAUACUGAUUUAUGAACGAUGUCAGUUGGGAAGGGAAAAGAUCUGUUCUAGCUUUGCCUGGUAAGAGGUGACUGAAAGAACAUAAUGGUAGACAUUUAACAGGAGAAAUCUGUUGAAUUAUUGUUGACUGGUAUUCAUUCGAGAUAAUGCUUAUUACCUCUAUGAAAUCAAAAAUAAACUUUGAAACAUUUUUAUCAGAAUAACUUACUAUCACAUAAAAUCAAAAGUUAACUAAA